GGGGGGAAAUAAAUUAAGAUUAAAAAAAAAGGGCAGAAAUAAAUUCAUCGUGUUUCUGUUUCAGUAAAUACUCUUCGGCGGAGGGAGCGAGGGAAGGCAAUUUGUAUGAUAAAUACGAGGAAUUGCAAUUGCUGUAUUUCGCUCCUACAUUUCGUGGCCCCCUCGGUAGAUUGGAAAUAAAUACGGAGUAUACAUACAUACGGAAUAUGCGGAGUCGCGGAGAGCUGCCCGCUGCUGCCCGCUUUGCGCACAGGUGUCGUUCGGGGUGCCGUCGUGUUAACAAAAUAAAUAGGUUAUGAGUGUGACCGUAAUAUCGGUCAACAUUGUACAUACAAUAGCGUCUAAUAUAUAUAAAUUUAAAUAUUAUGUCGGACUUGGAGUUGGGAGGACAGGCAGGACGAAGGAGUUAUGAGGAAAUAUUGAAGCAACGGCAGGAUGACGGGGGACAUAAAACCGCGACGACAACCGAGCAGGCCUGCGUCGAGGACAUCGUGCUCAAGUUCUACCGAUCGUGCAGAGAGGGGGAGCCUCUUUUACUUAGGCCGAAACAUAUUCAGUUCUUGAAGAAAUCGAUCAGUUAUUUAAAUGACACUUACGAGUGUUUGGACUCCAGCAGACCGUGGCUCUGCUUCUGGAUAUUGCAUUCACUCGCGAUAUUGGGGGACCGAUUGGAAGACGAGGAAUGUUCCAAGAUAGCGGGCUUUCUGGCCAAAUGUCAAUCGCCAACGGGCGGCUUCGGGGGCGGUCCGGGACAGUAUUCACAUUUAGCCUCUACAUACGCCGCGGUGAACGCCCUAUGCACCAUCGGUACGCGAGAAGCGUACGAUGUGAUAAAUAGGAAGAACUUGAAACGGUUUCUAUCAUCCUUACGCGGAGAGGACGGCUCUUUUUGUAUGCACGAGAACGGCGAGGUAGACAUACGUGGGGCGUAUUGUGCUCUCGCUACCGCCAAAUUGACAAACGUAUACACACCGGAUAUGUUCAAAGGCACCGCCGAGUGGAUAGCCAAGUGUCAAACGUGGGAGGGUGGCUUUGGCGGUUGUCCGGGGAUGGAGGCUCACGGCGGGUACGUGUAUUGCGCUUUGGCGGCACUCGUAAUGCUCGGAAAAACAGAGCUUUGCCAUUUACCGGAGCUGUUGAGGUGGAUAGUAAAUAAGCAGAUGCGUCUGGAGGGCGGUUUCCAAGGACGUACGAACAAACUGGUGGACGGAUGCUACUCGUUCUGGCAAGGCGGAACGUUCCCAUUGAUCGCCGCUAUCUUGUCGACGCAGGAAAAGGCGUUCAGCAGUUCCGACCACUGGUUGUUCAACCAAGAGGCCUUACAAGAAUAUAUAUUAACUUGCUGUCAGAAUCCGCACGGCGGUCUUCUGGAUAAACCGGGAAAAAAUCGUGACAUAUACCACACAUGUUAUGUUCUUAGUGGAUUGUCGAUUGCGCAAAACUCACCGGUAAAGACGAUCAUCGGACGAAAGCUCGUGAACAAGGUGGAGGUGAUCCAUCCCAUCUACAACGUGGAAUACUCCGUCGCGAAAAAGGCGCAGGAGUAUUUCCCUACUCUACCAAUACCCGCCGAUUGAUUCGUCUUAGCUAUUCAAAAUGUAUUUAACCAUGUUUGUAUGUUUUUCCUAAAAAAGAGAGAAAAAGAGAAAAUAUUCCAAAGAAAACUGGAACCUAUCUCAAACUGACCAAUGAUGCGCGUAGAGAGUUGUUUUUGUAUACGAAAGUCCUUCAAUUGUGAUAUAUAAGAGAGCAUGAAAUGCCACGUUAAAUAAUCUUCGAUGCACAUUAUUCGAUAUUGAAAAUUAAAAGAUCGCAUUUUUCCUAUCUUAAUUUUAUUUUGUGUUAAUAAAGUUCACGGAGAAGAUAA